GUACUUCAGGAAGAGGUUCAGAGAGAGGAGCAGGCCAGCAGGAUCAUCUCCCACAUCAAGACAUCACGAAGCCUCCACAUCAUGUGCCACAUCCCAGUCUUCUGCUGGAUCACUGCUACAGUUCUGGAGGAGGUGUUGAAAACCAGAGAGGGAGGAGAGCUGCCCAAGACCCUGACUGAGAUGUACAUCCACUUCCUGGUGGUUCAGUCCAAACUGAAGAAGGUCAAGUAUGAUGGAGGAUCUGAGACAGAUCCACACUGGAGUCCAGAGAGCAGGAAGAUGAUUGAGUCUCUGGGAAAACUGGCUUUUGAGCAGCUGCAGAAAGGAAACCUGAUCUUCUAUGAAUCAGACCUGACAGAGUGUGGCAUCGAUAUCAGAGCAGCCUCAGUGUACUCAGGAGUGUUCACACAGAUCUUUAAAGAGGAGAGAGGCCUGUACCAGGACAAGGUGUUCUGCUUCAUCCAUCUGAGUGUUCAGGAGUUUCUGGCUGCUCUUCAUGUCCAUCUGACCUUCAUCAAGUCUGGAGUCAAUCUGCUGUCUGAUAAACAAUCAACCUCCUGGUUAUCUAAAGUCUUCAGGGACGAGCCUGAACCAACAGUCUUCUACCAGAGAGCUGUGGACGAGGCCUUACAGAGUCCUAAUGAACACCUGGACUUGUUCCUCCGCUUCCUCCUGGGUCUUUCACUGCAGACCAAUCAGACUCUCCUGCGAGGUCUGAUGUUAAAGACAGGAAGUGGCUCAGAGACCAAUCAGGAAACAGUCCAGUACAUCAAGAAGAAGAUCGAAGAGACUCCCUCUGCAGAGAAAAGCAUCAACCUGUUCCACUGUCUGAAUGAACUGAAUGAUCGUUCUCUAGUGGAGCAGAUCCAACAGUCCCUGAGAUCAGGACGUCUCUCCACAGAUAAACUGUCUCCUGCUCAAUGGUCAGCUCUGGUCUUCAUCUUACUGUCCUCAGAAGAAGAUCUGGACGUGUUUGACCUGAAGAAAUACUCUGCUUCAGAGAAGCUGCUGCCAGUGGUCAAAGCCUCUAACAGAGCUCUACUGAGUGGCUGUACACUUUCAGAGAUAAGUUGUGAAGCUCUGUCCUCAGUCCUCAGCUCCCAGUCCUCUAGUCUGAGAGACCUGGACCUGAGUAACAACAACCUGCAGGAUUCAGGAGUGAAGCUGCUGUCAGCUGUACUAGGGAGACAACACUGUAAACUGGGCGGUCUCAGACUCAGUGGCUGUAAACUGUCAGAGAGAAGUUGUGAAGCUCUGUCCUCAGUCCUCAGCUCCCAGUCCUCUAGUCUGAGAGACCUGGACCUGAGUAACAACAACCUGCAGGAUUCAGGAGUGAAGCUGCUGUCAGCUGGACUGGAGAGACAACACUGCAGACUGGAAACUCUCAGACUGAGUGGCUGUAACCUCUCAGAGAGAAGUUGUGAAGCUCUGUCAUCAGUCCUCAGCUCCCAGUCCUCUAGUCUGAGACACCUGGACCUGAGUAACAACGACCUGCAGGAUUCAGGAGUGAAACUGCUGUCUGCUGGACUGGAGAGUCCACACUGUAAACUGGGGGGUCUCGGACUGAGUGGCUGUAAACUCUCAGAGAGAAGUUGUGAAACUCUGUCAUCAGUCCUCACCUCCCAGUCCUCUAGUCUGAGACACCUGGACCUGAGUAACAACGACCUGCAGGAUUCAGGAGUGAAACUGCUGUCUGCUGGACUGGAGAGUCCACACUGUAAACUGGGGGGUCUCGGACUGAGUGGCUGUAAACUCUCAGAGAGAAGUUGUGAAGCUCUGUCAUCAGUCCUCAGCUCCCAGUCCUCUAGUCUGAGAGACCUGGACCUGAGUAACAACAACCUGCAGGAUUCAGGAGUUAAUCUGCUGUCUGCUGGACUGAAGAAACCACAAUGUAAACUGGAAGGUCUCAGUUUGCGAGGAUGUCUGAUCACAGAGAAAGGCUGUGCUUCUCUGGCCUCAGCUCUGAACUCCAACCCCUCCCAUCUGAGAGAGCUGGACUUGAGCUACAAUCAUCCAGGAGACUCAGGAGUGAAGCUGCUGUCUGCUGGACUGGAGGAUCCGCGCUGGAGACUGGACACUCUUGGGGUGGACCAUUGUGGACCACAGAGACUGAGACCUGGUCUGAGGAAGUAUUCCUGUGAACUGGAACUGGAUGAAAACACAGUGAACAGAAAACUCAGACUGUCUGACAACAACAGGACGGUGACAUUUGUGACAGAGGGUCAAUCAUAUCCUGAUCAUCCAGACAGAUUUGACUAUUGGCCUCAGCUGCUGUGUAGAACUGGUCUGACUGGUCGCUGUUACUGGGAGGUCGAGUGGAGAGGAGUGGUUGAUAUAUCAGUGAGUUACAGAAGAAUCAGAAGGAAAGGAGGCAGUGAAUACUGUUGGUUUGGAGGAAAUGAUCAGUCCUGGAGUCUGAACUGCUCCGAUGUUCUUGGUUACUCUGUCUGGCACAACAACAGAAAAACAUCCAUCUCCUCCUCUGUCUCUCACAGAGUAGCAGUGUAUGUGGACUGUCCUGCUGGCUCUCUGUCCUUCUACAGAGUCGCCGACUCACUGAUCCACCUCCACACCUUCAACACCACCUUCACUGAACCUCUGUAUCCUGGGUUCUGGAUCUCUCCUGGUUCCUCAGUGUCUCUGUGUCUGUAGGUCUGAGAGUCUCACUUCACCAUCACACACACUCUGCACUGUGAAGCAGAUCUGUCUCAGACUCAGACACUGAACAUUCAUUAGUCUGAUUUCAUCACUGUGAUGAUCAACAUUUUACCAUUUUUGUAAAAUGAUUUUCAUUCUGUCUAAUGUUUAUUUUUGUCUCUGUUCAUUCUGCUGUUGUUAUUGUCAGGAUCAAUGAGCAGCAUCCAGCUCUGUUCACAUGUACAACUCUGUAAAUGGACUUUACUGAUAACAUAAUCAAUACACAGGAAACACUUCUACUGCCAGCAACAUGUUUUUAAUUAAUUUAUUAUUUGAGUUAAAGUGUUUUGACAUUCAGUCUUUGAAAAUUCAAGAUUGUAUAACCCAGGUUAGGAUUUAAAAAAUCUUUGGAUUCGUAGAAAUG